AUGACGAACAAGGCCCGCACGGUCUCGAAACGUCGUUCGAAACCGGCAUUGUCCGUCACCACCGGUCAGAACGGCCAUGCGCGUGUCGAGAUGAACUCCAACAUUGAAAUGCGCAAGAGGGACACCUCCAGCGAGUCGUCCGGCACUCGAGCCUCCCGUUACAUGUCCCACUCCAGCUUCUCCCUCGAUCAAGACCCCCCAUUGACCCCGCAGACGCCCGCCAUGUCAACGACCAGCUUCGCCAAUCUCCCCGCGACGGACCGGCGGAACUUUUUGCUCCUGUGUGUGUUAUAUUUCCUACAGGGCGUGCCCAUGGGCUUGGCGACAGGGUCCGUCCCGUUCUUGCUCAAACCGUACCUGUCCUACGGCCAGAUCGGCGUGUUCUCGCUGGCAUCGUACCCGUACUCGCUCAAACUCCUCUGGAGUCCCAUCGUGGACGCCGUGUGGAGUCGUCGGUUUGGCCGCCGCAAGAGUUGGAUCACGCCCGUGCAGGUGAUUGCGGGGCUGGCGAUGAUUUACAUGGGUGGCAAGAUCGAAGACAUGAUGAAGCAGGCCGGUGCAAACGGUGGCGCUGGCGUCUGGGACUUUACGUGUUGGUGGUUCCUCCUGGUGUUCUUCUGCGCCACGCAGGAUAUCGCCGUCGACGGGUGGGCUAUCACCCUCAUGUCCCCGCCGAACAUCUCGUAUGCGUCUACCGCGCAGACGGUGGGAUUGACCGCCGGCCAUUUCCUCUCGUACACGGUUUUUCUGGCGUUCAACUCGGCCGACUUUGCGAACCGCUACUUCCGGACGACGCCCGCCGAGGGUGGUCUUCUGUCCUUGGGCACGUAUCUGACCUUUUGGGGCUGGGCGUACCUGAUCGUGACCACCGCGCUGGCGGUGUUGAAGAAGGAGGACCGCAGUCAGGAGCGCGACAGCAUUCUCGAUGUGUAUAAGAGCAUGUGGAGCGUGCUGAAGCUGAAGAACAUUCAGACGAUCAUUCUGGUCCACUUGAUCGCCAAGAUCGGGUUCCAAGCCAACGAUGGCGUCACUAGCCUGAAGCUUCUGGACAAAGGCUUCGGCCAGGACAACAUGGCCCUGGUGGUGCUGAUUGACUUUCCCUUUGAGAUCGGCUUGGGGUACUAUGCCGGGAAAUGGUCCACCGAGUACACGCCCAUGCGGCUGUGGUGCUGGGCGUUUGUCGGUCGUCUCAUCGCGGCGGUUCUCGCCCAGGCGACCGUCAUGGUAUUCCCGGCGGCUGCAGAGGUCCCAUUCUGGUACCUGCUCAUGGUGAUCGGGGAGCAUCUGAUCUCGACCUUUAUGAACACGGUGAUGUUUGUCGCCGUGUCGGCGUUCCACGCUCGCAUUGCAGACCCGGCCAUUGGCGGGACAUACAUGACGAUGCUAGCCACGGUCUCGAACUUGGGCGGCACAUUCCCGCGCUACUUCAUCCUUAAGCUCGUGGACAUGUUUACGGAGGCGACCUGCAUGCCCCCGUCCGUGGCGCCACCGGCCGAUCAGCUGAAAGGCGAUCUGGUCACGACGUCGUUCUCGUGCGCGCUGGAGCCGGAUAAGGCGCGGUGUGUCAACGGCGGCGGCACGUGUCAUACGAUCCACGACGGCUACUACACGACGAACGUGCUGUGCGUGCUGGUGGGAGUGGUGACAUUUAUUUUCUUCAUCAAGCCGGCGGUGUUGAAACUGCAGGGUCUGCCUCUGCGGGCAUGGCGGUUGUACCCGAACAGCAGGAAUUAG